GAAACCGUGCAACGACAGAAGGCGGGUAAAAUAGCAUGGAGUCCUAUAUAGCGAGCGAGUAAUCCAUGGCGAAAAGUGGAAGGACCACAGAGUAAAAGCAAAAUAAAGCAAAAGGAAAAAAAACUAGCACAAAAACUAAAAAAAUAGAAUAGGCAAAACAAUCACGAUAAAAAAGGUGGCAAACAAUAGCAGCGCUUUACCAGAGGCGCGCGUAUCGAUUAAACUACCCGCAACACAUUCCCGCAACGCAAACAAGCGGCUCGACGAAGAUUGGUGACUGGCGGACUGGACGGGAGAGCGGAAAGUAUUGCAGUUGAUUUUCUAGGACACUGCGGCUAGUAACUGCGGCUACCAACCACAUAGCCUGGAUACAAGUGGGAGGGGAACGUGCCUGCGUUGGUUGAGCCAAAUAAGGCAUAAAAAGGCUGCGGCGACGGCGGUGUUGGCGACGGUUGGUGGUGGCAACUGGAUCACGUUUGAUUACUUGGUGUAAAUAACACACAAUAGUAGUAGCGACAGCCACAGACAGUCGAUUAGUUAAAUAGCUACGUAGUGCAUGAAGUGUCGUUACGAGUAGGGCUACGUAAGAGGUCCUGCUGAAAGUAGAAGAGCACAACUAGUGGACGAUUGAAUAAGGUGUACGCUGCACAUUGUAUAUAGGCGCUGCACGCUGCACCCAAGCGACAGCCAGCUUCAGCCUAGUUGAGUUUCAGAAAGCGCCUUGAGCGAAAAAACUGAAGCAGCCGAGCAGCCAAAGUACAAGUUGUUCAAACAAGUACAUCGACCAAGGAGGACAGCCACACAAUCCACGUCAUAAAAGCACAGCCAGCAUUCCCACGUGGCAGCAUCAACAAAAAAUCUUAGCAUGAAAGUCGACGACAACAAUGCGAAGCCGGCGGCAACAAAGGCGUUGGCUGGUAAACAAAGCGUCAGCACCGCGCCAACGACGACUACGACUAUGACGACGAUGACGCCGGCGGCAGCAUUGACAUCGAAGAGAGGUGCUGCUGCAGCAGGUGCAGGUACUAGGUACACCAGCACUUACGCACACACAUUGCUUAAGAAGAAAUCCUGCACAACGCUACUCUGUGAGCUGACGCGCCUGAAGACCCAACAAAAGUAUCUCGAAUGUAGUCAGGUGAAAUUGAAUCCGGCUAACUACGAGGAUCCACCGGCUAGUGCCAACAAUAACAAUGGCGCCACAGCGUUUGCGCAGCCAACGGCUGGCAUUGAAGCAAUGCAAUUGGCUAAUGAAAUCGAAUGUAUGAAAGUGCAAUUAGAAGAGGAUUUGAAGGUAUAUCGUGAAAACUCAUUUCGCGAGGUGCAGGAAUUGCGCGAUAAGGUGAAAUCUAUACGAGAAGAUGUCCAACAACCGGACCGAUUGAGACAGUGCACCUUGCCGAUGCUACGCGAACGUGUUAUUACGAUCAACACGCAGCUAAUGCAACUAUGUGACAAAAAUCAAAAUGAAUUUGAAAAGCUACGCGAAGAGUGUGAGAAAUUGGAGCGGAAUAAUGAUGUGCUUGUGAAAGUAUGAGGGUCUUAUAUUUAGCCUCGUCAGAAUGAGUACUUUGCGCGUACGUGACGCUCAAGGAUGAAACUGACGUAACGUAAAGGAACGUAGAACGGCGCCACAAUGAAGGUGUUGCGUUUGCAACCAAAAAUCCGAUACCAUAGCAAUAUAUUCAUACAUUUUUUAUUUAAGUAUUCCAACUUUUUUCAUUGUCUUCGUCAAUGACUUAAAAUUUUCGAAGCCUGUUUAAUGUCUGGACGUCUACUUUCUUCAAAUAAUGUGACAAAUAAUACAUAUUAUCAAGUGUCUUGUCUUGUAUAAACUUAGGGUAAUACAACUGUCAGCAGUGACGGACCUACUUGCGUCAAAUGUUGAGAGUUGGCCAACGUUCGUUGAGUCCGUCGACGCAAGGGUUGCCAAUCUGACGUUCUCUAUGCAAACUUACACGGUCUACUCAACUGUCAGUUGCAUCUUUGUGCGUCACGUACGCAAAGUACUCAUUCUGACGGGGCUAUUAGAGAUUUUUUUUUGCAAUUUAUUAAUAAGUUUUCUAUAUUCAAUGGACUGCGAGAUCUUUUGAUGUAAGUAGGCUUUUCGUUGUAAUAUAAAUAAUAACUACACACUUAAAACUCUUGGGCUUUCUGGUUAUGGGGGUAUCUGCUUAUGAGAAUAUAUUUCUUUGUUCAGUUUUGAACAACAAAUUUCACUGAAAACUUAUUUGAUUAAGGAGAUUAUAAAAAAUUUAGUCAGAAUUAAGGAAUGUUGAU